AUGCCAGCCCUAAUCAAACUGACGCGUCAGUUGAGUCCGGCGACCAGUUUCGCCACUAACUGGUCAGUGGUGUUGAUAUCGGUUAACUGUGCCGGCGUUGUCAACCCGAUGGUCACAUCCCUGUUGUUACAGUCAUAUCAUUGGCGACAGGUUGUCCAGAUAUCGGGUUUGUUGACCCUAUUGGUUGCCGUACUGUGCGCUAGUCUAUUGCCUAACACUAGUAAGCARUGGCCAGUUAGCCAAUCGGCUAAAAACAACAACAAUACUACCGAUACAAGCACGGGGACUACUACUAGUGUCUGGCAACUCAUACAAUACCCGAUACUAUGGUCAUGCCUGUUGACCAGAUUUACCGUUUCMYUGACCCGUACAUCAGUAGCCGAUUGGUCGCAACUAUACUUUAUACAAGAAAAACAUUUAGAUGUAUACCUGACCUCUAGUUUUGUUAGUUUUGUCGAAAUUGGCGGUAUUUUUGGUAAACUAUUGGCCGGCAGACUAAGCGAUUGUCUAUUGAAUAGGGCUAUCAUUAGACAGUCUACCAGUCCUAGUGGUAAUACCGCCCCAUGCAAGUCGGGACCGGCCUAUCCAUGUAUUGCUAUUGUUUUACMAUUGGCUACCAGUCCWCGUGGCUAUWSAYGACUUUGA